GGCGCGGGGAAAAGGGGACAGGGAGGCGCACGCCGACCGAAGGGGCCCAAGGAGGGGAAGGGGGGAGUGUGGGGCGGGCAGCAUGGCAAGGCGAGCAGGGCACGGGGGGGGAAAAGAGAGGGAGGCGCACACUCGCCGGGCGAAGGGGCCCUAGGAGGGGAGGAGAGCGGGGCGGGCAGAAGACGUAGGCCAGCGCAACCAAGGCGGGCGGAGUGCGGGGAAAGGAGCGGAAAAGGCCCGGCGGUCGAAGGGGAGGGCAGUAGGCUGCACUAGCGACAUCUAGGCGUGCGUAAGGAGAAAAAGAGUGCGUGGGGAUGGAAAAAGACAAUGCGGCCCGACGGCCGAACCCAACCAACGGGGAGGGGAAUGAGGAGAGGGUGCGGGGGAGCGGGGAGGAUAGAGGAACGCCAGGGACUAGACGAGGGCCCGGCGGCCGAAGGACGCCCGCGGAGGGAAGUGCGGGGCGGGCAGAAGGCGACACUAGCGCCAUCUAGGCAAGCAAGGAGAGGGACGAGGAGCGGGAAGGCCCUCACGGGGAGAGGUGCGGGAAGGGCAGUACGCAACACUGGCGCCCUCUAGGACUUCCCUAGGGCGAGCGGGGACGGAGGGAAUGGUGAGGGAACCUGAACGAAGGAGGGGAACCGAGUCCGGAGGGGAGACUGAGCCGCCGAGGCCGGAGGGUCCACGGACCGGCUUAAAAGGCGCAGCACGAAGGCAGAGGGCAUCACCUGCACACUCAGAACCACAAGACACACAAUGCAAAAGAUGGAGAGACAGGAGGGAGACAGACCGGAAAACAUGGACACAGGAGACGAGACAAGCACAUUGACACCACAGGAGCAAGUCCAGGAGAGCGAGGAAAUGCUGACAGAGGAGCGAGGCGAGGAGAACGAGGAAAUGGAGACAGAUAACACAGAGAGUGCGACUCAGGAGACACCAGCACAACCGGAGGAGGCGGAUUUGACAGAGAGUGCAACUCAGGAGGCACCAACACAACCGGAGGUGGUGGAUUUGACAGAUGAGGAGAAUGAGUCACAGGAAGCAACACGUUGUGGGCCCAUGCAAGACAUCAGUGACGAAGAAGGUGACCACACAAAUAACACGGCAAGCGAACCCGAUUCAGCUGGCGCUCCAUCCAAUUCGGGGGAAGAUCAAACCGUACCCGAUUCCACUAGGCCUGGGGAAGCACACUCACCACCACUAAGGUCAAUCUACCAUGAUCUUCUGACAGUGAUCAUACCAGAACGGGCUUCACAAGUCAAUAGCCUUUUGGACGAAAUUGAGCGCACUGCAGAGCGUUUGGUUGAUCGAUCUCACAUUGAACGCCAUGCCGAACAAGUUACACUGUUCCGUGGGUAUUUUGACAAAUUUGCAAACGCACUGAACAUUCUUCCAUACAAAUUGCCAGAUUUCCCCGACAUGCAAUCAGCAGAGAAGAGAAUGGAGACAUUCAAACGUUGGCCAAAAGACAUAAAAAUCACACCAGAAGCCCUUGCUGAAAACGGCUUCUUUUACACAGGAGUAAAGGAUGCAGUGAUGUGCUUCCACUGUGGAACAGGGUUGGGAAGGUGGAAAGAGAGCGACGAUGUCGCCUUUGAGCAUGCGACAUACUCACCUUACUGUGGAUUUUUAGUGCGACUACUAGGCAAGGAGUACGUGCAGAAAGUCCAAACUCAACUCCAAACGAUUGACAACGUCCCAUUACACUUUAAAAACAUCAUCAAACCACACGUUGCUCAGUCAAAUACUACUCAGGGGCACUGUAAGGCGCAUGACAAAAUCAUUUGUAAAAUAUGUUACGAAAGGGGGGUGGACGUGGUAGUCCUCCCUUGUGCGCACCUCUUUACUUGCACUCUGUGUUUACCUUCCAUGACACACUGUGGGGUUUGCCGAGCCCCAAUCAGGUACACCUUGCGAGUGUUUGUGUAACCUCAUGUAAUCAACAUGUAACGUUUCAAAAUGUAUUCCAUAUCAUAUAACCUUUUAUUUGAAACAAUGUUUGUAUCGUGUAUGUAACCAUUGAAAAAUGCCAUGUAACCUUUGUAAAAGCGUUGCUUAUACUAUCGUGAAACAUCAUGUAAUCAAGUUUUCUUUAUAUAAUUUGUUUCAUACAAAAUAAAAAUACUUCAUUUUAAACAUGUUUUGUUUCUGAUCCUUUUUACUCAAGUCAAACAAGAAAAAAAAAUGAAAAUUUUGAACAGCAAAAACUUAGAAUUUUUAAAAAAAUAAUUAAUAACACAGUCCUGUAUUGAAAAACAGAGUUCUUGAA